AUGCUUACUUUUGAUUGGGAAUUGAUUACAAGUACAAUCAUUGAUGAUUGGCUACACAAUUCAACAACUCAACAAUUAACGAUAGAAACUCCAACGAUCAAAGAGAAACGUUUGCUUUUUCAAGAAUUUCGUGCAAGAUUUAUUGGUUAUGCAUCAGCAGACAGUAAACCUAAGAGUAUCUUGUUUGUACGGUUUACAAAAGAACAGAGAGAGAAAAAAUCACAAAAAGAUGCUGAAGAAGCUGUGGUUUCCAACAUAAAUUUUCGAACCAUAAUAGAGUUGUUGGUUAAAUCUAAAAAGCCAAUAGUUGGACAUAAUUGUUUAUUAGACCUUUGUCAACUAGUGCAUCAAUUUUGGAAAGAAUUGCCUGAAAAAUUAAAGGAUUGGAAAAAUACCAAACACAUAGCAGCAAGUAAUCAUAAAUUACAAGAACUUAUUCCAAGAAAUGGGGUUCAAGAUAUCUUGGAAAUUGUUCAAACUGAAAAUUUUGAGAAGAUAGCUCCCAAAGUUGGCAAUUUUACAUCCAACUUUUAUGAUGCAUAUAUAACUGGUUAUAAUUUUCUUAGGUUGGCAACAUUUGUGUUGCAUGAAAAAGAAAUAAAAGUUGAUUUAUAUAAUCAUAUAUUUAAUGAGCAUAUGUCUGAUGCUUCGGAUGAAACAAUUCAAGAAAUAGAUACUGUAAAUAUGUUUACCUUUGAGGGCAACUAUAAAUCACGUCGUAGCAUAAAUCUUGGUAAUAAAAAAUCACAAGAGAACAAGGAUUCAGUAGUGAAAGAUGCCCGAGAUCGUCGUAAAGAACGUGAAAAUGAACGUUCAAGACAGAAAUCUGCUGCAAAAAUUCAAGCAUUUUAUUAUGGAAGAAUUGAAGCAAGAAAGUUACGCUCACAAUUGCGUGAAAAUUGGGACAAUCAGUCAAAAAUAAUUUUACAGAACGUUAAAAACAAACGUGAGAUGGCUUUAUCAUUGAUAACAUUUGUUCGGAAAUUUUUAUUUUUCUAUCAACUACACCAUGAUAAUGAUCGUAAAAAAUUAUUGUCCAACAUUUUACUUCAAAAAUCAUUCGACUCUUAUAUUUUGUUUGUUCCAUUUGUCUUUAAUGAUUUAUAUGAAACUUGGACAUAUCAAUUAAAGAAAACAUUACUAAUAUUUGUCAAAUCCAUUGGAUCAAAUGAGAU